AUGGAGUCUCUGGUAAAGAGACGGCCUAAACGAAAAGAGGACCGAAUCAUUCUGCAAUUUGACUACGACUGCUUCUACGCCCAAGUCAUCGAGAACAAGCACCCGCAUCUCAAGAGCAAGCCUCUCGGCAUCCGCCAGAAGAACAUUCUCGCCACAUGCAACUACCACGCCCGCGCCAAGGGCGUCAAGAAGCUGAUGCUCAUCACCGAGGCUAGAAAAGUGUGCCCCGACCUCGUCCUCAUGGACGGCGAGGACCUUGCGCCCUUUCGCGACGUUAGCAAGACCCUCUACGGCUUCCUCAAGUCGCAUGUAUGGAACGGGAGAGCGGAGCGGCUCGGGUUUGACGAGGUGUUUUUGGACGUGAGCGAUAUUGUCGACUACAACGUGUCGUGCCUCAGCAAGAGCGCGCUGGCGCAGACCUUUUUCCAACUGUCCAAGAGUGACCCCGAGAUUGGCUUUCCGUGCGACUUGCGCACCGUGGCGGGACCAGUCCUAGGACCGUAUCCCGCCAGCGUGGACCCAGACAACACGACACUGGUUCGCCUGGCGCUCGGCUCGCAUCUAGCCUUGUACCUCCGAAGCAAAAUGGAGGCCGACUUUGGUUACACGUCGACCUGCGGUAUCGCCACAAACAAGGUGCUCAGCAAGCUCUGCGGCGGCCGCCACAAGCCCAGGAACCAGACGACUCUGCUCGCCUGGACCGACGACGAUGUCAUCGCCUUUAUGGAUACGCAUCUGCUGCGCCACGUGCCAGGUGUUGGUUUCAAGAUGGCGCAACUAAUCGAGACGGCCGUCACCGGCGUCGCCACGGAUGCCGACUCCCACACAUUCCAGUCCGUCGUCACCGUGCAAACAGCGCGUUUGCACCCGGCCAUUUCCGCAGCCUCGCUGGAAACGCUGCUGGCAGGCCCUGGUGCCGAGCGCGGCGUCGGUGCCCGCAUCUGGGGCCUGCUUCACGGUGUUGACGCCACGCAGGUUAAAGCAGGCACGGAGGUGCCUUCCCAGCUGAGCAUUGAAGAUACAUACAAGGGACUGGACAACAUGGCGCAGAUUACCGAGGAACUGUUCAAGCUGUCGUGCUCGCUGGUGCGGCGGAUGCGCGUCGACUUGGUCUGCCCAGGCGUGGACAACGCGGACGAGCCGCAGAAAUGGGCAGCCUGGCCGCGCACGCUCCGCCUGUCCGUCCGCUCAUGGCCGAAAACCCCCGGAUCAGGGCAGGCGCGCAGCUUCAGUCGGGUGUCGCGGUCGGCGGCGGCGCCCAGCUUCUUGCUGGACCUCGGAGCCGGGAUUGAAGAGGUGGCGGAGCGGCUCGUGUCGGAGGCGCUGCUGCCCCUGCUGCGGCGCUUCGACGGCACGGAUAAGGAAAGUGGUGGUGGUGGUGGUGGUGGUGGGGCGGCAGAGGACCGGCACGGAGCGGGCCGGGACAUUGGCAACAUGUUUAAGAAGCAGGACGAGGUGCUGCGGCCAUGGAAGGUGGUGGGGGAGGCGGCACAGGGUGAGCAAGAUGGCAUGGAGGAGGAGGAGGAGGAGGAGGAGGAGAUGGACGGGCUGGAUACUGACGGCUCAUGGAGGGGGACGACGGGUGACCAAGCCGCGGCCGCGACGGCCCACUAUGCCGACCAACUUUAUCCGCGAAACAAGGAGGCCUCUACACCACCACUGCCGGAGUUGAACGGCGAAAAAAACUGGAACGAAUCGCUCCCAUCGGUAGUCGAACUAUACAUGAAGCGCACAUUCAAAUCGACUGGCUUGAGGGAUGCAGCCGAGUCCUUGGGGGUUUCGCCCACCAGCUCGAUAGCGGCGCCAGGCGCAGUGACGGCCAUGCUCCGCACGUUGGCCCGGGACAGCAAGGCCGCGAUCGAGAAGAGCGUCAUCAGCGGCUGCAACGAGCCAAACAUGAGCGUCAUUGGCCGCGCGUGGUCUGCGGUGCAGUUCGCUUGA